GAGUAUUGUCUGUGUGCACUGUUGAAGUGGACUGAGAGCAGCACACAGGAGGAAGCUGACUGCAGGUCUUGCAUAAAGUUUUCAUGGAGAUCAGGAGGACAUUCAUCUCUAUCUGCACAGUAGUAGCAGUGACAAUCUUCAUCUAUCUCAACUGGGACUGGAAAUCGGUGGGCAGCUUAACUCCAGCACCACUAUCGUCAUCAGCAGCAGCAGAACCACAAUGGGAAGAUCCUGGACCGUAUCACGUGGCCUAUCCACGAAACUACCAAUUCAUCAUGGACGACACGCCCACGUGUCACACCAAGACUCCUUUCCUGGUCCUGAUGGUUCACGUUGCAACCGGUGACCUUGCAGCUCGGGACACCAUCCGGAAGACGUGGGGAAGUGACAAACUGGUUCUGGGUCAGCUGGUGGAGACUCUCUUCGUACUGGGCCUACCCGGGGGAGCUGAUGCCGAGCAGCAGCAGGAGAAGCUCAAACAGGAGAACCUGCAGCACCAUGACCUGAUCCAGAGUAACUUCCAGGACAGCUACCACAAUCUGACCAUCAAGACUAUGGUGAUGCUGGAGUGGCUGGCUGCGCACUGCGUCAAGGCUUCCUAUGUCAUGAAGAUUGACUCUGAUAUGUUACUGCAUGUCCACAACGUGGUGAAACUGCUGCUGGAUCCCCGCACGGCCAAACACAACUACAUGACAGGUUUGGUGUGGUGGCACAGCCCGGUUUUAAGAAACCCAUUCAACAAGUUCUACAUGCCCCAAAACGUGAUAGCGGAGCCAGAGUACCCCCCGUAUCCUCUGGGCAUGGCCUACGUCAUGUCCCUGGACCUGCCGGCCAAGAUCCUGGCGGUCUCUCAUCAGAUUAAACCGAUCUUCAUUGAAGACGCCUACCUGGGUAUGUGCCUAAAGCGCCUGGGCAUCUCCCCCACCGACCCUCCGGAACAAACGAUGUUCAUUGUCGACCCCGAGCAUCCUCUGAGCAGCUGCAGCCUUUCAAAAGUGAUCGCAGUGACGACGACGAGCAUCCCGCAGAUGACGAGUUACUGGGAGAGGAGCAGACAGCCAGACGCUAAAUGUUGAACUCUGUUUAAGGUUUACCAAGACUGAGUUUACACUUUUGGUGUUGGGGGGGAAUCAUGUGUUUGGAUCAUGUCUUUGUGUUUGUCUGAAAUAUGUGUUAAACUCACAGCCGUUGAUUUCUUGAAGGUUUAUUUCUUCCCUCAGCACUCAGAGGAGCCCUGAGUUACAAUAAGAGACUGUAAGAAAUGGACAAAGUCACUGUGACGUCACCCAUUCGUUUCUAGAUGGUUUUGAAACCUCCAGUUUGGCGUUUGUCCAACGCCAUCUUGUUUCUUUUGCAACUAGAAAUGACACGAUUCACAGUUUUUUGCUCCGGCGCCACCUCGAGGGUUAGUAGUGCUUCCAAAGAUAAGGUCCUUUAUCUACGUUACCAAGACGUUUAUCAUUCUGAGUGGAGAGAAAAGGUCACUUUAAACGCUCCUCCACACUGAACUGGGGAAGACUGGUUUCCAGUACUAUGCAUCUAGUGGGAUGGACUGCAGACUGUACUAAUCACACAUUCAUUACUCUGUGGGGCAUUAAAGUGUGACUUGGUAACCGUGUUCUCCACAAAGGUGACUUUUUGAAUGUGUACGGGUGACUGAAUUGUCUC